CAGGCUAUAACCUCAAAACAAGCAAAGGCUUGCAAAGAUCCUGGCUGCCUAGUAGACAGAUGCGACGCUACACUGUGCAAAGUCUUUGGAAAAAUGUGACCAGCAGUUGGUCCUGUGAGGCCAGUUCGAACACCAGCCUCCCUGAAGCCAACACCAUUGAUGAUGGCAUCACCACCCAGUCUGGAGGACACAGCUCCAAUGACUUUGGCAGGAACACGGUGCCCACCCAGCAGUCUAGUUGCCCAGACAACCAAGUGUCUGAGAGGGACAAAGCUGGUGCCACUCUGCUCUUCUCAGGCAUCUUCCUGUGCCUCAUGGGCAUGACGUUGACGGUCAUGGGCUGGAUCAGCAGCGACGUUAGUGAUGGCGGAAGAGAUGGCGGUGACUCUGAGUGGACACAGCUGCUGGGGCCCAUUCUGCUCUCCGUGGGAGGCACCUUCAUGCUCAUCAGCAUCUGCAAGUUGCGCAUGUUAUCCUGCAAAGCCUGUGGAAUGCAGAGCAUGGAGGGCGGGCCAGAGAUUGACCUGCCACCUCUGUCAGGACCAUCCUUCAUCUUCUCCAGCGUCAAUCAGCCCAUCACCUUCCACAGGGCCACUGUGGUGCACUAUAUCCGAUCACCAUAUGCCUCAGUCAGACAAGACCAGGGCCUGGCACAGAGGAACACCUUACAGGCCAGCCAGUUCCCGCUAGGCGUCGCAAUGAGCCCACCACCACAGUAUUACAGCAUAUAUCCUAUAGACAACUCUGCUUUCUUGAAUGUUGGUGAAAUGCAGGAGCCUGCAGCAGAACCAAGAGAAAACAGGAGCCGGAAUCAGUACACAGAGAUGGAGGAACAGAAGGCAGAGACAGAUAGCGUCUGCCCACCAGCAUACGCGGACCUCUAUCCUUUUGAGCCAUGCAACAGUCCUUCCUCAUUAAAUUACUUGUAAUAAAAUUCUAAAUGAAUAAUUCUCCAAUUCACUAAUUUAAAAUCCAGCUGAUUCAAGGAGCCUUUAAGAAAAUCAGAAUGUUUGGUAUUGGCAACCUUGAGGAAAGCAUGGUGAAAUUUUUGUGCUUUCAUGUCUUAAGCUGCCUACGUAAUAUAGCCUAUGCUAUUAUGUCGCAUGAAUUAUGCAGUCAGACCAGCACCGUCUGUUAUUAUGGGCAGGACUAAUAAGCUGUAAAACUACAAUGUUCUCACUGUACAUGUUAAUGCAUGGGUCAGGGCUUGUACUGUUAUAUCAUCAUAAUAAACAAUAUAGACGUUUGAA